AUGAUGCUGAUGAACAACACUGGCCGCACCAACUUCACCAACAAGCAGCUAACCGAACUGGAGAAGGAGUUUCAUUUCAACCGGUACCUUACCAGGGCCCGGCGGAUCGAGAUCGCGUCUGCGCUGCAGCUCAACGAGACCCAGGUGAAGAUAUGGUUCCAGAACCGGCGGAUGAAACAGAAGAAACGGCAGCGGGAGGGCCUGCUUCCGGUGGCCCAGCAACAGCACCACCUACAACAACAACAACAACAACAACAGGAGACCAUGCACCUGAGCGGCGCGAGUAGCACCAGCAACUCCCCGACGGCGUCCUCGAACGUGUAA